UUGUUUUUUUUUGGGUUCUUGCUGUUCCCUUCCCAUGCAACGUUGCCACUGCGACCACCACCGCCGCCGCCACCGCCGUUCCAUUGCCUCCGCCGCCGCCGUCUAUUUCAAAUUGUUGUUUAAUAAUAAUUCAGCAAUGAUGGUUUCUAAGCUUCUAUUGGCCUUUGCCUUCUGCCGUUUGAUGGCCACCGUCGGACUCAACAUGGGUCCGGCAGUGGAGCUUUCCCGUCUUGGAAUUGACGGCCUCCUCACCAUGGACCCCUCCGCGGUCGAGACCGCCUCUAUCGAUUUUGGCCUCAUGACCCGUAACCCCCCUCUCGCCGUCUUGCACCCGGCCUCCGCUGAUGAUAUCGCUCGAUUGGUCCGUGCUGCGGUGGCGACGCCGGAGGAGUAUGGUGGGUUUAAGGUGUCGGCAAGAGGGCACGGACAUUCGAUAAACGGACAGGCGCAAACCGGAAAUGGGGUAGUGAUUGAGAUGAGCAGCGGCGUUGGCAGCAUAGACGGCGGGAGAGAUUUCCCACCGCCGCCUAUUGUGUCGGAGAAAGAAAUGUUUGUGGAUGUUUGGGGCGGAGAAUUGUGGAUUGAUGUACUGAAAUCUACGUUGCGGUAUGGCUUGGCACCGAGAUCGUGGACCGAUUACUUGUAUUUAUCGGUCGGCGGGACACUGUCGAACGGCGGAAUCAGCGGCCAAGCCUUCAACCAUGGUCCUCAGAUCAGCAAUGUCCUUGAACUCGACGUUGUCACAGGGAACGGGGAGCUAACGACAUGUUCGAACGAGGAAAACCCAGAUCUUUUCCACGGAGUUCUUGGCGGAUUAGGACAAUUCGGGAUCAUUACACGAGCGAGAAUCGUUCUUGAACGAGCUCCUCAACGGGUGAGAUGGAUAAGAGUAUUAUACUCAAAUUUCACAGCCUUCACUAGGGAUCAAGAACGGCUAAUAUCUCUGCAUGCAAAACCAAAGAAUGAGAAAUUUGAUUACGUGGAGGGGUUUGUGAUCGUUGAUGAAGGGUUGAUCAAUAAUUGGAGAUCGUCGUUUUUCUCACCGGCCAACCCGGUCAAAAUCUCCUCCUUGAAGGCUGAUGGGGGAGUUUUAUACUGCUUGGAGAUCACCAAAAACUACCAUGAAUCCCAAUCUCUCACCGUUGAUCAGGAAGUUGAGGCGCUGCUGAAGGAACUCGACUACAUACCCGAGUCGGUUUUCACAACAGACCUAGGUUAUGUGGACUUUCUCGACCGGGUUCAUACGGCCGAGUUGAAGCUCCAAUCCAAGGGGCUGUGGGAUGUCCCGCAUCCAUGGCUGAAUCUCUUUGUUCCGAAGUCGAGAAUUGCUGAUUUUGAUCGAGGUGUUUUCAAGGGCAUUUUGGGAAAUAAUACCAGUGGACCCAUCCUCAUCUACCCCAUGAACAAGCAUAAAUGGGACCCGAGGAGCUCUGCCGUGACCCCAGAGGACGAUGUCUUCUACCUCGUGGCGUUGCUGCGCUCAGCGAUCGAUAAUGGGGAAGAAACACAGUCGUUGGAGUAUUUGAGCAAUCAGAACCAUCAGAUAAUAGCGUUCUGUUCUAAUGAGGGAAUUGAAGUGAAACAGUACCUGCCUCACUACACGAUGGAGGAGGAGUGGGCGGAGCACUUCGGUGAUAAGUGGCCGGAGUUUCAGCGGAGGAAGAUGAAGUUCGAUCCACACCACAUUCUAGCCACCGGGCAGAGGAUAUUUUCACCCUCCAAGUCGGUAGACAUGGCGGUAUCCCGGUGAUCCACGAGACCUGAAUUGUUAGGAGAAAACAGCAAGAAAGGCAGCAGAUACAAAUAUACUGUAAUGAAUUAUGAAAGGAGUAAAUGUUUAUAGUGAAGUGGAAAGAAAGGGCAGAAGAAUCAAUCAAAUGUUCUUGAGAAUAGCGCAAGGACGAUGGAUUUCCAGCAACAUGGACAUCAAAACACUGCACAAAUAAUCACUGCUGAAACGGAUUCCCUCCGUCCCGUCCCUUGCCUCUGGCUUCCGAUCAUCGGCAGUUUGGUACUAGAAUAGCAUAUUCGAAAUCUCAGAUGAGAUUUCAGAAAGCCACCUAAUAACCAUGCAUGAACACUUAAAGUUGUGUUAAUGUAGCUGUGUCGACCAUAUGUCACACGUUCCGAUACUCGUUGAACAUGUUUCACUAGUAUUUUU